AUGUGGGCAAAUGAUGAUGCAGCAACGACUUUUUAUCCAACGGACGAAGAGGGUGAUCUAGGCUUACGACAAGUUCAAACAUGUCCAUCAUCAGUUUCUCCUAAAGAUACAAUUAAAGAAACUUCAGGUUCAGAUUCUCGUCCUACAACCGCCUUGGAACAAGAUGAUGAAAACACUCCACUGGAUGAUAAUAUUGAAUCGGAAACAACUGGUAUUGCUUUUGCAGAUAACAUUGAACGACAACGUGAAAUGGCUCGUCAACGCUUAGAACAAGAUCGACGUUUUAAGGAAGUAUUAGACAAACUCGCCCACAAUCAAGAACCUCGCAACAAUGAAGAACAACGUAUCGCAGACGAAAUGGUGGCAGAAGAAGAAAUUGAUCGUAUUAUGCGCGAACCUAUUGACAAAAGUCAACUGACACGUGAACAACGCUAUCGUAUCGGUGGUGCGGAAUAUCGAGCUUUGGAUAUUUUGGUGAAACUGGUACCUGCAUACUACUUGGGUAUUGUUAUUCUUUUUGCUUUCUUCUUCAGGAUCUAUAUCGCCUGCUCCACUUAUGCUCAAGAUGUUUUACGGACAACCAACUCUACUGGCCCCAUUGAUCCUUGGUUCUUUUCCUUUUUUCAAGCACUAUCUGCCUUCAACAAUUUGGGUAUUAUGUUAUGUGAUGCAAGUAUGGUUCCCUUUCAGAAUGCACCUGCCCCAUUGAUCUUCACCAUGUUAUUGAUUUUAUUUGGCAAUACGGCGUAUGCAAUUCUUCUUCGGUUUAUUAUCUGGUGUACUUACAAGCUUACUCCACAUUCUCGUCCUAUGCUUCGUGAAACUUUACGUUAUAUGCUUGAUCAUCCUCGUCGUUGUUAUACCACCUUGUUCCCUUCGACGCAAACCUAUUGGCUUCUCCUCACUCUGGUAGUGAUUACCGUUGUCGAAUUAGUAUGUUUUUUGGCACUCAAUUAUUGGUUACCUGUAUUAGAUGGUUUAAAUUGGGGUUCCCGUUUUAUUGAUGGUCUCUUUCAAUCUAUUUCCACAAGAAAUGCUGGCUUUGCUGUUAUCAAUUUGAUGGACUUGAAUCCUGGAACUCAAUUGGUUUAUAUUGUUGCCAUGUAUAUUAGUGUCUAUCCUGUUGCUAUAUCAAUGCGAAACAGUAAUGUUUAUCAGGAACGUGCACUUGGAAUUUAUCGUGGAUUGAAUGAUGAUGAAGAAGGUGGAUAUGAACAACCAACAACAGGACCAGCACUAUUAUUGAAAUUAAAACGACAUCCAACUGUUAAUAGUGUCAUGACAACUGGAAGAAAAGUAUUACGACGACCCGAUUUUUUUGUUGUCACUCAAGUACAAAGGCAACUUUCAAGUGAUAUCUCUUGGUUACUUGUUGGAUUAUUUAUUAUCAUUGUGGCUGAAGCUCAAAGAAUCAUGGACCCUUCGCCUAUUACUGUCUGGACAAUCAUUUAUGAAUCUGUAUCUGGAUUUGGUAAUGUUGGUGCUAGUCAAGGAUACCCGGACGCAUCAGUCUCUCAAGCCGGAGAAUAUCGAACUAUCAGACGACACCGUGGUUUGCCUGCUUCCAUUGAUCGUGCUGUUAUGUUACCCUCGGAUCAAUUAGAAGAGCGUGAAAUUGAAGAACAAGCUUUUCGACGACGCAACACUGUGGUCUCUCAAACAACAAACUCUGCUGGAUCUGCCCCAAGUUUCCCAAAUGCUCUUUUCCAUUCCAAAACAAGCUUUUGA